UUAUUGAAAGUGCGAAUUAGCCACGGAUCGUUUCUGAUGUUGUAUAGGACAUUAGUUUUAUAUACUUUGUGGUUGUUGUAGGUUAAUGAAGCAGUCUCGUACCAUGAUUUUUUGGUUAUUUAUCUAAACGAGAGUAUUCCACGAUGCUACCCUUGGAGCGAUUGCUGGACAGUGCGAGAAAACGAAUAAUUUUUUGAUGAUCUAAUUUUUCUAAUUUAAGUUGCAAGGUUCUUAGUUCCUCCGUAUUGUAACCAGUCAUGAAAUCAUAUCAAGUGAUGACAGAUAUCUUUAAAUUGAGAGUAAUUCAGUAAUCAAAAAUGUUUUUAUAGUUUACUGCAGGAUUUUAGUGACUGAUGGUAUAAAGGCCGAGCACGAUUGAUAUCAGCCCUCCUUCGAUGGCCCGCGGUUAGAAAAUGAAAUUCAUGAUGACCAAAUUUAAUUAUACUAAAAAUAUGUGAAUGUAAUAUCGUCCAAGAUUCGGAUGCUUCUCUUCGAUUAAAAAUCAUACUCGCUACGAUAUAUUGGUUUAAAUCAAGUUAUUGACAAAAUCUGAUGUUAUGGGAAUCCUGUGAGAAAUUGCUAAUCAUGAUGUCAAAACCCAUUACCAUGCGAUUAGGAUGACAUUCCCACGUAAACGACGAAAAUAACAAUUGCCGGCCGAAUACACAAGGGAGUGCAUAGCGACGUAGUUAUAUCUGAGAACUGUUUCGGACGAGUGAAAACAUCGGUCAAGUUUGAGCCAGAUAUAAAUAGAAGCAUAAUUAAGGUAUUAUCUAUGUACCAUGACUGUUUUCAUGGUAAUAAAAAACAGUUGCUCGGAUAAAACGGAGUGAACUACAUCGUACAGGAGUCCUUAGCAGUUGAAGCUGGUUGGAACGAAAGGGUAUAAUUGUGAACUGAAAUCAGAAAAACAUAACAAUUCAAUUUUAAUUUUCGUUAUGAAUUACUACGACCGUUCUGUAGCAAGUGGGGAUUCUAUGCGUAUGAACCGAGGUAGAAGAAUUGCAACAUUGCCUGGAUAUUCUGGUGAUUUGGUAUUGAUUGAUCCAUCGACUCCUAUCAGACUAUACACGAAAAGGCGCUGGAGGCCAUGGCGGCGCUACUCCAGGCAUCCGCCUACAGCGGAGACGCCUACAAUAUCAGGGAAAUACUAGAGAGGGGGAAAGUCAGACCGGAUGCCGCCGAUUCGGAACUGACGACCCCUCUUAUGUUGGCGAGUGCGGCGGGACAUUUAGACUGUGUGAAAUUAUUAGUAGAAUUUGGAGCAUAUAUCAACGCAAGAAGAUCAACGGGAACAAGUUCAUUAUUUCUUGCAGCACAAGGUGGUCAUUCAGAAGUUGUUCGUUUUCUUUUCGACGUUGGGGCUUUGAUCGAUUCGCAAAGCAAUAAUGGAGCAACAUCUUUAUUCAUCGCUUCUCAGAUGGGUCACAUGGAAGUAGUUCGAUAUUUGUGCUCCAAAGGAGCCAACAUCAAUCUUUGUUUACACGAUAAAACGACACCCAUAUUUGUAGCAUCUCAAAAUGGCCAUGAUGCAAUUGUGCGACAACUUGUUUCAAGUGGAGCCGAUGUUAACUGCAGGAGGGAGGACGGUACUUCACCAUUAUGGAUUGCGUGCCAAAUGGGUCACGUGGUGGUUGUUCAAACAUUGCUGGAUCUCGGAGCUGAAUCUGACAAACCAAGAAAUGAUGAUGGAGUAACUCCGUUAUUUAAAGCGGCAAGCAAAGGAUAUAGAACUAUAACAAAUUGUCUAUUGAAAAGAAAAGCGAAUUUAGGAUUGCAAAAGAGCGGUUAUUCUCCCUUACACGCUGCUGCGUAUUUUGGGCAUCUCAGUGUUGUUCAACUAAUGUUGGAGAACGGUGCGAAUGCGGACCUUAAAGACAAAGACGGACUGACUGCUGCGCAACUUUCUGCUAAACGAGGAUUCGACUCAAUAUCGCGAAUAAUAUCUUUACAACAAAACACAGUCUACUAGCCUUCAUUCAUUUUAUAUUUUGUUUCUGCGAUUAUUUUGUUCCAAAUAAAAUGAACUAUGUGAAAAUAGAA